UACCGUCUUUCUAUAUGACUAAAAUUCAGCCUUCAUCUGUGAGCUUAGUUGCUUUCAUUAGAGAUAAAUCGGCCAGUCAAAGUUCCGCUGCGGCAGCAACCGUCUUCGCCUCCCUCCCGCGGCCGCCGCGCCCAUGGCUUCCCCGAAAUCAGGUCUGGAAUAAUCCAACACAACUUAUUAAAGUUUCCUUGUUUGAGACCAUUCAGUGCCCGAAACUUGUUUUUAUCCUAAGGAAAGACUUUUUUUUGGUGUUCUGAAAAAUGACAGAGAUCUUCAGCUUCACGGCAUUCAGGCAGUUAUCGCAACUGUUCUCUGCGAUAUUCCUUUUCCAUGGUUCUGAAUAUCUCCUAGCACUCUUCUUUCACGGGAAAAACAGUGUAACUCUAGAGUCUCUUUUAAUCAGCAAAAACUAUGUUGUGGCCAUGGUUGGCUCCCUGGUGGAGUACUUAGUUGAAGUUUAUUUCUUCCCCGGGAUGAAAGAACACCGGUUUAUAAGCAACACAGGUCUUGCCUUGGUAGUUGUUGGUGAACUAAUGCGCAAGUUGGCUAUUAUAACUGCUGGAAGGUCCUUCACUCAUUUUAUACGGAGAUCUCGUGAGCAAGAUCAUGUAUUGAUCACUCAUGGAGUCUAUAAGUACAUCCGACAUCCAAGUUAUUGUGGCUUCCUUAUAUGGUCUGUUGGUACUCAAAUAAUGCUGUGUAAUCCAGUAUGUACACUUGGAUUCGCAGCAGUCGUGUGGCGUUUUUUCCAGCAGAGGAUACAAUACGAGGAGUAUUUCUUGAGACAGAUUUUUGGUUCUCGUUACGUGGAAUAUGCUAGACAGACGACUUCUGGGAUCCUAUUUGUAAAGUGAUGAAUGAACUUAUCCUCUAGUUGAUCGCUUGCCUGUAGUUGCGCUGCUUUCUUCAUUACACACACUCACUGGUUCUUCUAUGUCACUGCAUUUCUUCAUCUAAAAAUCCUCUAAAUUUUGGAUCAGAACUUCUAUUCUAUCCUUUUGGUUUUGGAAUAUACGAAUGAAUCGUAGAUCUAAAUUCUAAAUUACGUUUUUUUUUAU